GACCGUCAAGCUCGAUAAUGCAUUUUGCUUUGGUCCUAAUAGUUGCUGUUGGAGUACACGGAGUCGCCGCUGAGGACGAGUGCGUUCGCAUUAUACGUGAGUAUCAUGAAGACGAAUAUGAAGAGUUAGCAGCGGAACCCAUGAAAAAUCCAGGAUUCCACCGCUACGGAUAUAUGCUGCCAUGUGGAGGCAUUGUUACUUCUGUCGAGGCUCGCGGGUUUUGUGGCAGACCCGAAAAUGUUGAAAUGCGAUUGACAAGUGGUGUAAGAGCAAAGUAUAGUUAUCAUGAUGUGACUAGUCGAAUAUUAUUGCCCGCAACGUGCAACAAAACCGCGAUGGUUGGCAAUAAUUACGAAGGGUACGUCAGCGCCACCGGUCUAAACAUCACUGUCCCUCGCAGUGGUACUCUGGCGAUGCACUUGAACCUGGAAUGUUCAAUUGGUGAGGCAAAGUGUUACUUUCAGCCAGCAGUUAUUAAUGAAACCAGCAAAUAUGAUGUCGUUUCUGCUGAUAGCCACUUGGUAUGGUCUCACACAAAUAUGUCUCUCUUCUUCUCUGCAAACAUUACAGAGUUGGCAGAUGGGAAUAAGAAGGAGAGUGAAAGUAGAGAUGUCCUGUAUGUGAUGAUUGGAGUACUCUGUUUCCUGCUGCUGUGUGCACUGGUUGUUACUGCUCUGUUGAUCAUAAGGCAAUGGUUCAAAAGAGGACCAAAUGAACCACUAAAUGUGGAGAGAUCCUACUAUGACUAUGUCAGAGAUUACUAUGUCAGAAAGUCGGGCAAUGAAACACCUCAAGCCUCAGCUGAGGGACUCUAUGAGUUCAGCAGAGACCAUGACAUGCCAUUCUGGGAGCCAGCCAGUGUGGAAGAGGAGCUCAAGAAACAACUCACAGAAUACACCAUCUCACCUGAUGGCCUCACACUUUCCAGUGAGCUGGGUAGUGGUGAGUUUGGUGUGGUGAGGAGGGGAGUGUGGAGUGUGGGGGGAGAGGAGAGGGAGGUGGCUGUCAAGUUACUGGCAGAUGGCUCCACAGAGGAGAAACGUAUUCAGUUCCUGCAGGAGGUAGUCAUCAUGGGCCAAUUCAAACAUCCCAAUGUCAUCACUCUCCAUGGGGUUCUUCUGGAGAGCAAACAAGUGAUGAUUGUAGUUGAGCUGAUGAAGGGUGGUAACCUUCUGGACCACCUUUGCUCCUUUAAAUCCGGGGCUCCACACACUGCUGCAUUACUGCUGAGUUUCUGUCGUCAGAUUGCCUCAGGAAUGGCCUACUUGUCUGGGAAGGGGUUCAUACACAGAGACCUGGCAGCCAGGAACAUACUGGUCUCUCAUGAGGAAAUGUGCAAGAUUGCUGACUUUGGCAUGUCCCGAGCUCUGCAAGACACUGACUACUAUGUCUCUCGUGGAGGGAAAAUCCCUGUGAAAUGGACAGCUCCAGAGGCUCUCCACUACAAGAAGUACUCGACUGCCAGUGACGUGUGGAGCUUUGGAGUUCUCAUGUAUGAAAUAUGGUCUCUGGGAGCUUCACCCUACUUUCUCAUGACCAAUAAUGAGGUUUAUGAUAAAAUCCAGUCAGGAUAUCGUCUCCCUCCCCCACCUGGAUGUCCUAGAGCUGUCUAUCAGACUAUGAUCGGUUGUUGGUACGAGUAAUAUGUGUACUCCUGGUAAAACAGAGUAAAUUUCGGCCAUUAUGCCAUGCAGAGUUGCUCUAGCUACUCCGGUAUUGCUUAGUAUAAGAAAAGUUUGCCAGACAUCGCAGAUUGUUAACUAAAGCACAUGUCAGCACUAGUUGCUUAUCUGACACCCUGUGUUUCUGCCAGGCACCCGGAGCCACACUCCAGGCCCACAUUCCCCGACAUCCAAACAGUGCUCCAGCGUCCAGACUUCAAGUUGCUGACAUGGACGGCAGAGGAUGUGGCUGCCUACACUGAAGAGGCCAGAACACUGGGAGCUCCUCUGGAGGCUGGAGAGGAACUCUACACUGACAUUCAAAACUGUUACAUGUUAAAGUAAACUUUAGGCAUUUUAUUUUGUCUCUCGCCAAAACAAAUACUGUCCCACUUAGAGUUUUCAAUCACACCUUGGACUCACACGCAUUGCAAAAUAAACACAUGCCAUGAUGCUAAACUGUUUGUCAUUACUGAAAGUAAGUUCAAUAUA